UUUCAAUAAGUGUGAGGUACUUCGACUGCUAGUGUGAGAAAAGUUUAUUUCAUUGAAUAUCCCUUGGCAAAUGAGACCUGACAGAUUCUGAUCAUUUACAACUGGAAACACAAUGAGAUCGUUGUUACAAAACCUGAUCUUUGUCUUCUGCGUUCUUGGUCCUGUAGGGGUCUUUCCUCAGGUACCUGGUUUUGGCCAAUGCCCCACUCAUCCUGUGAUGAAGAAGUUUGACUAUCGCAAGUUUCUGGGUGAAUGGUAUGAGGUGGCAAGGCAGUUUACGUGGUUUGAACUUGGCUGGAAAUGUGUGUAUACAAACGUUACCGAUCUAGGAGGCAAGGUCCUUGGGUUCAUGGAUAGGGCAGUAACCAUUUUUGACGCGAAACUGUUUUUUGACGGAAAAACUAAGCCUCUCGAUCCGAAGGAGCCAGCCAAGCUUGUUUUCAAACCGUUUGAUAAACUUCCUUUUCGUAUGAAGCUGUGGAUAUUGGACACCGACUAUAAGGAAUACUGUAUAUUCUGGACCUGUGUCGAUUUUUUGAAAGUAUCACACGCAGAGAACCUUUGGAUAUAUUCUCGGAAUAAAACCAUAAGGCAGUCCACUAAAGUGAAGAUCAUCCAGUUUUUAGAUAAAAACAAAGUUAACAGAUAUGGCUUGAAGCAUACUAACCAAACCAACUGUCCGUGGUAGUGAACUUCAUGUUUGGUUUUGGUUUAUUUUAGUGUUUACUUAGCUUGAAACUUGGAAAAGAACCAAGAAAACUUUUAUACGUAAUCUCCAUUCUUUAGAGCUUAUUUUUGAAUAGUGAUUUCAUAUUUUCUUUUGAUACUAUUAUUGUUGACGCAACAAAGCAAAUUUUCAGUUAAUGUAAACAUUUUCAUAUCGAAACAAUAAAGUUUGUAUCCUUUUGUCACCACA